AUGGUGUCCAAGAAGGAAAACAACCCUGCCCAUUCGCAACAGCAAGGAGGCUUCCAUCAGAAGAAGACCACCACACCCGUUGUAGGCAGCGGAAGUAAUGGACAACAAGCAACGCAACCAACAACUUCAGCAUGGUCUGGAGGCAAGCCAGCGUCUUUGAGCCAAAAGUCAUCAUCCGCUGGUACUUUGGCUGGAGCAAAUAUUACAUCAUCAUCAUCGCCAUCAGGGGUGAACAUCACCACAAAUACCUCUGCAACCAAUAUUACCGAGAGCAAUCAAGCAUCAAAACAACACAGAAAGAGCGGAUCUCCAAGCAAUGGUAAUAAGCAGUCGCCAUCAUCCAACGUUGUAUCUACAGGAGGAGCAAGCCAGAAGGUAGACUCUCGCCCCAAAAGCGGACAACAACAACAACAGCAAAACACGGAUGUAAAAGUACAACCAUCAACAACUACAACGAUUCAGCACGCUGUGGAAACUACCCCACAUCCAAAAGCUGAGGUUAACAGAAAGAGAAUCAAGUUCUUAUUCACUAAUUUUGUUGGACAUGUUGUUGAUAUUAUUAAUGGAUCCGGAGAAGUCUAUGAAGGUAUCUUUCACACUGCAAGACACGACACUAAAUAUGAUGAUUUUGUGUUCGUAUUAAAGCUUGCUAAGCUUGUUCGUGGAGCAAAUCAGAGCACAUCCACUCAAACUGUUCAUGAAACGAUGACAUUCAAGUCAAAGGACAUUCAACAAAUAUAUGCCAAGAAUAUUACCUUCAAGGCUCAGAAAAUUUUGAAUGGAUUUAAGACUGAUACCGAAAUUUCUAAUAGACAACAAACCGAAAAGGAACUUAUCAAGUGGCAACCCGAAGAGGGUGAAACUGAACUUAUUGCUCUUGAAGAAAGUACAUAUGCUCCAAGACAGUGGGAUCAAUUCUCUGAAAAUUUAACCAAAUUUGGUGUUAAAUCGACCUAUGAAGAGCAUCACUAUACAACAUACCUUGAUAGAAAUUCUGAUUUUUACAAAACUCACGCUGCUAAAGCAAGUAAAAUUGCAGAGGAAAUUGAGAAGAGCAGUCCUUCCCUCAAUAAUAUUCACAUUUUGGAAGAAAGAGGAUUAUUGGAGCAAACUGAUAUUUCUGAAGAGGACCUUUACAGUUCUGUUAUUCGUGACGAAAAAACUAUUCCAGGAAGCAAAAAGCCAAAGAAACAACCACAAGCAAAGACCCAAGCUGCUCUACAACAGGGAACCACGAGCGCAUCACCUUCCAGCUCUCCAAAAUACAUUCCUCCACACAAACAACAAAAACCACAAGGAACUGCAACUCCUCCAACACAACAACAAACCACAUCAACAACAACUCCAACAGUUGAGCCUGAGAAAGAACCCAAGACAUUGGCACCAAUUGAUACCAAGUUGCAAACAGGCAAAUCUCGCUCAGUCAGCCAAGUAGUCAUUCCACAACCUUCCUUGUUAGAAAACAACGCUGCCAAUGCUGCAAGUAAUGCUUCUGCUACCGACUCGGCUCAAGAAGGUAGUGGCUCACCAAUUCAGAAAGGUCUUCCUGCUCGCUUGAUUUUGGAAAACAGAGGCAGUAGGAGUAAUUCCUUCACUGCUGGAGCAGUACCAAACAUUGAAGAACAUAAGAAUGUUUUGUUGCAGUUGACAUCUGCUAAAACGGUGUCAAGUAGCAAGCCAUUGAGUCCAACACUUCCAUCCUCUCCUCUUGGAUUUAAACCUGCAGGUAGCCCAUCCACUCCGGUCAUUAAGGAAAGUAUUUUAGCAUUGGGCUUACAAACAACCACUCCCAAGAUAUCUGAAAAGGCAGCCGAGGAUUUCCACGAAUUUAGAAAGAGAAAGAAUUCUGAUGCUGCUGCCAGAAAUAGAGAAAAUGACAUCAAAUCUUUGAAAGAAACCAGUUCACUUUUGGACUCAAAACUUAAAAAAUUCGUAAGCUCUCCAUCAACACAAACACCAACUGAGGAAACUGCUAAGGAGCAGCAACCAUUGAAAGAAGCUUGGAAAGAAAAAGAGACAGAGCCACUAAAAGAUGCACAACCAGCCACCGAGGAAAAACCCAAGCCUAAAUCAACACUCAAUCCCAAUGCUAAAGCAUUUGUGUUUAAUCCAAAAUCACAACCAUACGUACCAAGAUCCUCACCUGCCACAACCUCGAACACUCCUCCUUCACACGUUCCAACAAGUACUGCAACCGUUAGCACUCCACCAACCAAUCAAAUGCCACUACCAAUGCCUAUGGCUUUUGUUCCAAUGUAUCAUCCACCUAAUUUUGGUUUCAUCCCUUCAUUCCAAAGUCAAAUGAACAGACCAACUCCAUGGUCGCAACACAAAAUUGAGGACAUUCCAAUUCGUGACCACUUCUUCAACAAUGUCAAUUUACAGCAAGUAGAUAAAAACAUUGGACCAGCAUGGCUAGAUCAAGAUGAAUUGGAAAAUAGAAAGAGCUUUAAAGACCAAGAUGUUGCAGAUGUUGAUGGUACCACUGCUGUUCAAACAAAUCCAACCUUUGUACCAAACUAUUUUGUUCCUCAGCCAGGAAUGAUGGUUAUUCCUCCCACCAUACCUCCUGUUGGAUAUGGUCCCCCUGUAGGGUAUGGUCCUCCUGGUUACUAUCCUCCAAAUCUAACCCCACCAAAGAGAGAAUAA